AAAACAGCUGAUCUGCUGGUGUCAGUGCAUCUUGAACACACCGCCGCAUUCGCAUUACCUAACCAAAACAAAAUAAGGACUAAAUACAACAAUAACGAUGUCCUGGCUUACGAAUACCUUUAGGAGGGCAAUUACCUCACUCAGCAUUCAGCAGCAACUUGUACAGCAGUGUACUACCUUGGCUCCGGCAGCUACUUCAUCACCCGUCAAUGCUAUCGGUUUACGCCACCUUUCCUUCGAGGAAAAACGUGCUAAAGGACCUUUGAUACGCCGCUAUGGUUACAAGGACCGCCUACAUCAGCGGGGGUUGCUUCCCCACUGGGACAAUGGACAAAAAUUACCAAUGCCCGAAUAUAGACCCAAGAAUGUUUGGUCUGAGAAACGUGCGCUGUUCGGACAAAAUGAUUACAUAGAUAUAUUAGGUUCGGAUCGUGUGCACCCGGUUCGUGUACUUUAUUCAGUGCCCUCCU